AUGGCUUCACAAAUUUUCAGAAUAUGUACACACAGUGGAUCAUUCCACGCUGAUGAAUCUUUAGCUGUUUAUAUGUUGAGAUUAUUACCACGUUAUCAAAACUCAUCAUUAGUACGUUCAAGAGAUCCUGCACAAUGGGAACAAGCUGAUAUUGUUGUUGAUGUUGGUGGUAAAUAUGACGGUACCAAAUUCUUUGAUCAUCAUCAAAGAGGAUUUGAAGAAACUUUUAAUGAAAAAUAUGCUACAAAAUUAAGUUCUGCUGGUUUAGUUUAUAAACAUUUUGGUAAAGAAAUCAUUGGUGAAGUUAUUCAAUCUAAAGACGAAUCAGUUUUAGAAUUAUUAUAUGACAAGAUCUACAAAGAAUUUAUUGAGUCAUUAGAUGCCAAUGAUAAUGGUGUUUCUAAAUAUGAUAACUUAACUGAAAAGGCUAAAUUCAACGAUAGAAAUAUUACAUUACCAUCAUUAGUUUCAAACUUAAACCCACACUGGAAUGCUGAACAAAGCGAUGAAGAUUUCGAUAGACAAUUUUUAAUUGCCUCUGAAUUAAUGGGUAACGCAUUUGUUAAUGUUGUUAAAAACUAUGGAUUAUCAUGGUUACCAGCUAAAAAAAUUGUUGAAGAUUCAUUUAAUCAAAGAUUUGAAGUUGAUAAAUCAGGUAAAAUUCUUGUAUUAAGUCAAUUUGCUCCAUGGAAAGAACAUUUAUAUGAAAUUGAAAAAAGUAAUGACAAAGAAGGUGAAAUCCUUUAUGUUUUAUUUGAAGAUUCAGGUAAAAACUGGAGAAUUUCAACUGUUCCAAUCACAAGUGCAAGUUUUGAUAAUAGAAAACCAUUACCAGAAAACUGGAGAGGUUUAAGAGAUGAUGCUUUAAGUAAAGAAUCUGGUGUUGAAGGUUGUGUUUUCGUUCAUGCUGCUGGUUUCAUUGGUGGUGCUAAAACUAAAGAUGCUGUCUUACAAUUAGCAAGAUUAAGUUUGUAA